CAGAGAUUUGCUGCCCAGACUGAACUUGAAGAUACACAGUGCGUGAACCGGGGCCAUCUUCCCAGAUCUGGAGAAGCAUUAAUAGCUGCAACAUUUAGAUAAUUUGCUCCAUAGACAACCUGAACGUUUAAGGAGUGCGUCGGAGUGGAGUUCAGCCUGCUGGUAUUCUGAGGUGCUGCCUCAUCUGAAGUGGUCUAUUUCUGUGGAACUGGUUCCAUCACCCUGCUCCUUAACACUCCAUAAUCAUGGAUAGAUCCACACAAGAGCUCUUCUUGAACUUUAUGGUGGUUUUGAUGACUGUGCUACUUAUGUGGCUUCUUGUUAAAUCCUAUCAGGAGUGAGAGACUGUCCUCCAUGUAAAACUGGCUCCUACAAUAAAUUGUGUCAGUCUGU